UUUCAAACCGUUCAAAUUUCCUAUUAUUGGCUUAUUUUAAAAAUGACAUAUUUUUUGAACGACGAUGGUUUGAUAGAAAAAAAACAAAUCUCAGAGUAUACGGAUUAUAACGAAGAUAUUGAAACAGGUUAUGUUACAGAUUCUUCAUUUGGUUCACGCUUAGGUACAAAAUCUAGAACAAAACAAGUUCCAGAACGCCAUCUUGUUAAUCGCAAAAAAACCAAAUCAGAGCGGGACAAACGAAGAUCAAGUCGAUUGUCAACUCUUGACGCGAUAGAAUCACCUAGUGAAAAAAGUAGUUUGGAAAAAACUCCACUCAGGUAUCGAAAGAGGUCUAACAACAAACGGUUGGAUGAAGAUAUUAAAGUUUAUAAACUUGAAAGAAGCCAAAAGAAGAUUGACAACCAUUUUGAAAAAAUUUCCAAAGAAAAUUUUAAAGAAGCCAAAAUAAAGUCUCACGCAAAUGUUAAAAAACAUUCAUUGUCAACGGCAACUAUAAAAAUGAACAAUAAAGAUAUAUUUUGUGGAACAUGGAACCCAAAAGAACGAGCCGUACUAGACCAAAUCAUUAAAAAUGUUGAAUGUAAUAAAUCUAAUAAAAAAACAAUCAAAACAUUUUUAAGACGAGAUCAAAAAAUGAAAAAAGAUAUUAAAAAAAUUGUAAAUGAAGGUGAUGAAAAAACUGAAGAAGAAAAAAAGAAAAAAUCUUUGUUUUCUGGACUACUAAGUCUAAAAGAACGUGUUUGGAAAACAGAAGAAAAAAGUAACUUUUCAUUAUUUCAAGAAAGUUCUAUUCAAGAUGUGUAUGCUAGACUUAAAAAAGGUUUACUCUACAGAUUUUCUCGCAAAAAAGAAAUUGAUGUACCAAGACGUCGUGCACAGUCAACAAACGAAUAUUCAACUAUUCAAACACAAAUGAUGCGUAAUAAAAACCGUUUUGGUUCAAGUAGUUCUCUAAAAAAUAUUUUUCAAAAAACGAAGUCAGUUGACAAUCUUCAAGGUGCAUUUGAAUACUUUGCGAAUCAAAAUCAAGUAUUUCGAAGAACCACUAGCGCAGCCAAUAUGGACAAAAUGUCUCCAUUUUCAACUCCCGUGAAUGAUCGCAAAUUAUCCAAAAGUAAUGAAAACCACACGUUUGAACCUGCCCAAAAAGAUGGUUCUUUAGAAGAAAAUUUUAUAGAGGUAAAUCCCACUAUAAUUCAUCAUAAUGUUGCAAAUCAUAGAAGUUUGAGGCUGAGUAAUUCAAUAGGUCAAUAUGACUCUGCUUACGAAGAGUCUCUUUCAUCACGCGAUUAUCAAAGUGACAGACCGGUUUCUUCGAAUCAGAGGUAUUCUAAAAUAACAAAUAAUAGCAAAUUCUCUAGGACUACUUACUCCACAUAUGAAAAUCGCAUAUAUAUUCCACCGGCCUCUAUACAUAAUAAUAGCAACAAUGUUUAUAAGCAACCUUCGUCGCCGUUUAUUUCGCCAAUUGUUUCUAAAAAGUUUAAAAACACAUCUCCCCAUUUAAGUCCUCUUAACAAUCGUAAUAAUAAUUUUCAAAAUGAUUCAUAUACUAAUCAAAUUGUUGUAAACAAAAUUUCAUCGAUAGAAAAUCUUGUUUACCUAAACGGAAACAAUAAUGUAUUGCGAGAAAGACUGCUAACAGAUAAUAUUAGCUUAACCCAAAAACAAGAUUGCGUUGAAUCAAAACAGUUUGAUGCCCCGUACUAUGACAAAUAUUUAAUGCAACCAUCCUACAAACUAAGCACUCUUUUAUAAAUUAAACAUCAUUUUAUUAAUAAAGCACCUUUUUAUUAGUUAAUAGAGUUUCCUGAAGCAUUUAUAAGCUUAGACUAUUUGUAACCUAGUUGUAAUAUAGUGGUGUUUUAAAUAUAAAAAAAAUAUUCUUUUGUUUCA